UCAGUUUUUUCUCCAAGUGAGGGUGUGUUUCCGGGUCAGGCGGGCGCCAUCUUGUGAUUGUCACUGGAUUAGGCGGUGGUUUGUGGCGGGUUUCACACCGAUCCAGUGUCGACAUAUUUCCCCUUUAACCUGCCGAAACCAAGGCCGAUUAGCGAUGAGUUACGGUCGAAUGCCGCCCGAUAUCGAGGGGAUGACUUCGCUGAAGGUGGACAACCUGACUUACCGCACGUCGCCUGAGACGCUGAAGCGCGUGUUUGAGAAGUACGGCAAAGUGGGCGACGUUUACAUCCCCCGGGACCGCUUCACCCGGGAGAGCCGCGGCUUCGCCUUCGUCCGCUUCCACGACAAGCGGGACGCCGAGGAUGCCAUCGACGCCAUGGACGGCGCAGUGCUGGACGGCAGGGAACUGAGGGUGCAGAUGGCGCGCUACGGCCGCCCGGCCGAAUCCCACCGGAGAGGAGGCUCGUCCCGCCGGUAUGGCGGCGCUUACGGCAGGAGAAGCCGCAGUCCUAGAAGACGACGUCGAUCUCGUACAAGAUCCAGAAGCCGAACUAGAUCAAGAUCUCGCUACAGCAGGUCCAGGUCUCGAUCAUAUUCUCGAUCUAGAACCCGUUCAAAAUCUAGAUCUGUUGAAAGAUCAAGGUCCAAGUCAAAGUCUAAAUCAAAGUCAAGAUCUCGGUCCAGAUCGAGGACAAGGUCUAGAAGCGGAUCUCAGAUGUCUCAAGGGUCAAAGUCGAAAUCCAGGUCUAGAACCCCCAUUUAUUCAAGAUCUCCACAGAAAGAUGGAAUUGAAUCACCAUAAAAAAGCGGUAAAUUGCACCAAACAGGGGUACUGGCCUGGAGGAGUUGCUGUGCCCAGCAGUGUGAGAGCUGAAUGAACAAACAGUUGAAAUUGCAGAGUUGCUGAAGUCAUGAUGCCAAGAUGCUGCCUCUUCUGAUAAUUUGGCUCCUUCACACUUCAGGCACAGUAACUUUUUCAAACCAUUUCCUUAGUUUAUCAUCCACAUUCGUGUUUGCACAGCAGCAGAAAUAGGAAGUCAGGAAAUAUGAUAUUCUGGAUGGCUGGAAGAUUUACGUGGUAGAUGCCUUGCAAGAAAUAUCAUCUCUUGCCUUCUGUUUAGGUGAUGGAGACACCUUCCUAAAAUAAGCAGUGAUCUACUUAAAAGGCGCAGUUGUGUAGCAGUUCUGUAAAGCGGGUUAGCUGUAAGGUGGCGUGUUGCAGUGCAGUGCAGAGUGCUUGGCUGUGUCCUGUAUUCUCCUGAUUGCUCCUGUAAUGAUGCCUUGACGUGCAGAAAAUAUGGCUGUCCAGUAAAAUGCCUGUCAGCUGCACCUCCAGAGACGUGGCUGCGUGUAAAUUAUGGAGCAGGCAGUAAGCACCUUUAGCUACCUUGUUUUUGUACUUGGUAAUGUGGUUUAUCCAUUUACACUUGGAAUACACUGUUUAGAAUGCUGUUAAUUUUGAAAUUGAUUGUAAUUAACAGUUUUAUUUGUUUCAGUACAUAAAAUCCUGUACAACUUGUAUUUCUGUAAUUAAUUAAAGAUUUUUUUCUUGG